AUUAAUAGUUUCAUAUCUUAAAUUAAUACUACGGUGGAGAGCCGGGAAGAGGCGGUGAGACUAUAUGACUUCAUCCUCCCUUCUUUCCUUUUAUUUCAUACUUCCCUUGAACCCCUGAACCUUCUAUACUUCCAUCUUUCCCAACUUUCAUCCUUCCUUCCAUCCAUCCUCCCUCUCCUCAUCCUGCCUCCCUUUCAAACAUCCUUUCUUCCCUCUCUCCUUUCAUCAUGCAACCCGCUAAUUCUCGCCUCCCUCCCUUUUUUUUCUCUCCAUUCUUUCAUCUUUCAUUCAUCCUCGAUUCAUAAGCCUCCUUCCAUCAACCCAAAUUCCUUGCUCCUUUCUUUACUUCCUUUCACACCAUCAAGUUCAUUUCAGGCGACGCUGUAUUUAAUCCAUCCAUUGUCUUUGCAGCUGAUCCUCACGAGGGUCGCGGGGAGUACGUGCGAAAAACUGCGUUACUGUAUUGCAUUGGUACAAAAGCAGGACCGUUUCCGUCGUUUUAAAUUCAGACUUUAGUAGGAAAGAAUGAGUCGCUAAGUGGUGCAAACUGGCGUGCGCGGACGUGCAUCGAGUGCACACAAGAGUGUGACUAGUGAUCGCAGUUGUCACACACGUCGACGUCGAAAACUACCGCGGACGUCGCAGCAAGCGGAAAAGCGGCCAUGGCGAACGACGACGGCCAUCCGACUUUGGAGUCGUGGCUCAACUGGUCCACGGACCCAAACAACCAGGAGGACCGAUGGGACUGCAUCCAGGCCUUCUUUCAAUUGGUUAACAAGGAGGCUGAUGGUCCACAGGUGGCUCUCGGUCUUCUCGCUCACAAAAUCCAGUCCCCCCAAGAAAAAGAGGCUCUUCAAGCUCUGACUGUUCUCGAAGCUUGCAUGAACAACUGCGGCAAGAGGUUCCACGGAGAAGCGGCCAAGUUUCGAUUCCUCAACGAGCUCAUCAAAGUUUUGACUCCGAAGUACUUUGGUUCAUGGACUGCCCAGGCGGUUAAAGACCGACUGACGCAGGUUCUUUACGGUUGGACGCUCUGGCUCAAAGACGAAACAAAGAUUCAGGACGCUUACUCCAUGCUCAAGAAACAAGGCAUCAUAAAAAAGGAUCCCAAACUACCGGAUACUGCCAUAAUGGCCCCUCCACCUCCAAGAACCUCAGAUUCCGUUUUUGACCAAGAGGACAAGGCAACGCUCUUAGCCAGAUUAUUAAAAAGCGGACGUCCCGAAGACCUGGACACUGCCAACAGGCUCAUUAAAAGCACAAUGAGAGAAGAGCAGGAGAAGGCAGACAAAGCGUCAAAGCGUCAAUCAACUCUGAAGGCAGUGGAGAGCAGCACCAAGCAGCUCAGGGAGAUGUUGGACGAGUACACUGGAGUGCCUUUCCAGCCCAGUGACGAAUUAAAGGUCCUGUACGAGAGCUGCGAGCGCCUGAGGCCGAGCCUUUUCCGGCUGGCCAGCGACACGGUGGACGACGACGAGGCCCUGACGCAAAUCCUGGCAGCCAACGACGAUCUCACGCUGGUCGUGAACGCCUACAAGGAACGAAAUGGGAGGCGAGAGUGCAACGGAAGGAGUAAAAGUGAAGAAGCGGUGACGGGGAAAAAAAUGACUGCUACGAGUCCCAGAGAGAUCAAGAGCUACCAUCUCAUCGACCUCUCGGCCCUCGACUCGCCUUCGUCCUUUCAGUCCUCGUCACUUCUCUUCUCCCCUUCUCUGGAAAGCACCUGCAACUCUACAACUGAACAGAACCAUCCACCAUCAGAAAUAUUUCCACUUCCUCCAAAGUCAUAUUAUGAUGAGCUGAUGCAGCUUGGAACAGUUGAUGGAACAAAUGAAGAGAGGGUCCCCCCACUGAGAGGCCGUGGAUGCGGGGAAAACGGUUCUCCUUCAGCGAACGAAAUAAACACAAGUGCCCCUUCGCUGCCUCCUGGCAGGUCGCUGGAUCAACAGUUGACAAAUUCAGGCUCCUCUUCACAUCCCUGUCGACUCCCGGCGCCUUCGGAAGACGGCGCUUUUCUCCAGCACGCGCUGAAAAAUGUCUUUGUUCCCAUGGAGACCAUCAAGUCGAGUCAGCUGGAGCCCAUCACUAUAUUUGACCAGGGUGGCAUCCACGUCUCGCUUCAUUUCGCCAGGGACUCGCCGCCCGGUCACCCGGGCGUCGCCGUGGUGGUCGUCUCCACCGUGAACACUUCCUCCCUGGAGGUGAAAGAUUUCACGUUUCAAGCCGCUGUCCCAAAGACCAUGUCGGUGAAACUUCAACCUUCAUCCGCGACACACCUUCCCCCGUACAACCCCCUUCUGCCCCCCCCUGCCAUUGCCCAGGUCAUCCUGUUAGCUAAUCCGCACAAGCGUAAAAUGCGCCUGCGCUACAAGCUCGCGCUGACGCACGGACGGCAACAGUUGAAUGAGACCGGGGAGAUAGAAAACUUCCCGGAUUGGACGGCUCUGAUUGGCUCCUGAAAACCACACACACACACACACACACACCACAGACCACAAACCCUCAUCGGGUUGCUUGGGGAAAAAAAAGUGAAGCUUAACAUCGGGUCGAUGUUAAAAAUGGUUUGGCUUUUUUUCCCCGAUUCGACCUGUCACGGUGUUCGUCAGUCACAUCUGAUCGGUUAAAACGUCUGACUUGCUUUUAAUACAUUUGUUACAUUCCCAACAUGUCGUCAGAACGACGUUCUGGUUUAGCCUCGCACUGCUGGAGGCGAUUGGUCCCCCCCCACCCAAAAAAAAAAAACUUUGUUUGUUUUUUUUUUUAUCUAUGCAUGUCAUGUGCUAUUAUUGUAGCUAGAAUAUUUUGCAUCUGAAGCCUCACCUGACCCAAUUAAUAACUGUGAAUAAAACAAAACCAGUACAGAGUUAACCGUCUGAAACUGUUUUAAUUUGUUGACAUGCUAAAUAAUGACAGCGGCAAAAGCGUUGGCCUCACAGUUCUGAGGUCCCGGGGGGUUCAAUCCCGGAACCGCCUGUGUGGAGUUUGCAUCUUCUCCCCGUGCCUGCGUGUUUUUUUUCUCCGGGCACUCCGGUUUCCUCCCACAUGCCAAAAACAUGCAACAUUAAUUGGACAACUCUAAAUUGCCCCAAGGUGUGAUUGUGAGUGCGACUGUUUGUCUCUAUGUGCCCAGCGAUCGGCUGGCGACCAGUUCAGGGUCUACCCCGACUCCUGCCCGUUGAAGUUGGGAUUGGCUCCAGCACUCCCCACGACCCUCAUGAGGAUAUGCGGCAGAGAAAAUGGUUGGAUGGACAAACACAUAUUUUUUGGGGUGGUGUGUAGUGGUGGGAUCUUCAUCGUGGACGGCGCAGAAGAUGACGGCAAGUAUAGGCGGUGAUCUCGGGAGAACAGGCACAAACUUAUU